UGUGUCACACUGAUAUGAGUCCGUCGCUUAGCGUCACAGUGGAUCACCAUGUUUUCCGGUCUCAGAGAGAAAGUAGGUCAGGUUUUGGUCCCGGGAGAUGAGUUCUGCUUGGAGAUCCCGGAGACCCUCUCCCUUUCGGAACCCAUGAAGCCGGAGAAGGUGCUCCUCGGUCCGGGUCUGAAGAGGAAAGGAGACCGGAAGCUGCUGGUGGUGAAGAGCGGGGUGUUGAGGCACAAACAGCCCCACGUGUUCUGGGUGGAGAACCAGCAGCGGAGGUAUGUCCCGGCUAGAGGAGAGACGGUCAUCGGGAUCAUCACGGUGAAAUCCGGAGACGUCUUCAAGGUGGACGUUGGAGGCAGUGAGCAGGCGUCUCUGUCCUACUUGGCUUUUGAGGGAGCGACCAAGAGGAACCGUCCCAACGUCCAGGUAGGCGACCUGGUGUUUGCGCAGUUCAGUGUAGCCAAUCAGCACAUGGAGCCAGAGCUGGUGUGUGUGGACAGCGCGGGACGGGCCAAUGGGAUGGGAGUGUUUGGAGCUGGGGGGCUGCUGUUCAGUGUCUCUCUGGGACUCAUCAGGAGGCUGCUGCGCCCCCGCAGUGACGUGCUCUCCGACCUGCAGAAGCUGCUCCCCUGCGAGCUGGUGGUGGGGAUGAACGGCCGCCUGUGGGCGAGGGCGUCCAGCGUCCAGCAGACCCUCGUCGUCUCCAACCUGCUGCAGAGCUGCGACACCAUGAGCCCCCCCCAGAGGCAGCAGCUGUUCAGGAGGGCAGCGCAGGGGGCACUGUAGGAGCUGCCCUCUGUCCAGGGGGACUACUUUCUAUCCGGGGGGGGUCUACUUUCUGUCCGGGAGGGACUACUUCCUGUACGGGAGGGACUACUUUCUGUCCUGUACGGGAGGGACUGCUUUCUGUCCGGGAGGGACUACUUCCUGUGUGGGAGGGACUACUUCCUGACGUCUUGUGACGAUGGAGGAAAAGAGACUGAAACUCUGGACGUGUAAAGAAUGAAGAACUUGUGUGAUAAUGACGGUUGACCGUGUUUUUGUUAUUCUUCAAACCUCUUCACGCUUCGGCUCCCGGCCAAUCAGACGGCAGCCUCUCAUAAACACGUCCCGGUUUUUAUCAAUGACCCCAGGCUGCUGACGUCGGGGACUUUUCAACUUUCCAGAACUAGUAAACGUUUCUAAAUAUCUCUACUUGGGUUCAUUUAAACAUUAUUGUAUUGCCUGUUAAAUAAACGUAUCUGAAAUAUC